GGGAAGUCAGUGAUCAUGUCGACCUCCUCCACCCAGCUGCCAGCCCUUGACUCUACCAACUCCACCCAGCAAUCCAACUCCAGCAUCUACUUGUUCUCCAAAUUCAUCCACUCUGACAAAGAACUGUACACAGAAUUUUACAGCCUGUGGAUUGCCCUGAUGAUAGUCAAUGCCAUCAUUUUCCUGGUGGGUGUUGUGUUGAACAGCUUGGCACUGUAUGUCUUCUGCUUCCGUACCAAGACAAAAACCACCUCUGUUAUUUACACCAUCAAUUUGAUUGUUACUGAUCUCUUGGUGGGCUUCUCCUUGCCUGUCCGGAUCAUCAUGUUCUACAGUGCAGGGAACUGCCUGAAUUGUUCCUUGGUUCAUAUUUUUGGCUACUUUGUCAACAUGUACUGCAGCAUUCUCUUCUUGACCUGUAUCUGUGUUGACCGCUACCUGGCAAUUGUACAGGUGGAGGCCUCACGUAAAUGGAGGAACCCCACCUGUGCCAAGGGGAUCUGCAUCUUCAUUUGGAUCUUUGCUACUGUGGUGACUUUUUCCAUCCUGACUAUGGCAAUACAGUUUGCCACAUGCUGCCUUUCCAAGAUUCUGGUUCUGAUGGUCUGUGAAUACUUCUUCCCCCUCAUCAUAAUUAUCUUCUUCACGACCAGGAUUAUGUGUGCUCUCUCCAAGCCCAGCCUCAUGCACCAGAGUCGUGAGAGAAGAAUGAGGGCUGUACAACUCCUUAUCACUGUCCUUAUCAUCUUCAUGAUCUGCUUCACUCCUUUUCAUGUGCGACAAGUUGCAAUCUCCGUCAACCCAGACAUGUCCCAUGAUGUCAGCCUCCUUGUCUACCAUGUGACAGUAACUCUGAGUAGCCUCAACAGCUGCAUGGACCCCAUUGUCUACUGCUUUGUCACCAAUAACUUUCAGUCAACCAUGAAAAAUAUCUUCAGGAAAACUGAGCCAGAGCAAACCAGUGUGGACAUUCUGGGUAUGAACAAGAACUCCAAGGGCUCCAAUGCAAUCAUCGCCUUCUCAAACACAAUAGGAAGCCCUAUGAGCUUGCCAUCACCAAGCAGUGUCCAAAUGUAA